CCAGCGGAACCUUUGUCGCUUGUCGGUGCAGUUGAACCGCGGGACCAAUUUCGUCAACACAAUCCGGAAUAGUCAACAUGGCGGCCGCCAUACGCUGCCUCAGUAGAGCCUUGAUACAACAUCAAAGGCAUUGUCUUUCCAAGACAGCUUACAAGGCCCCUCCUUACCUUUGCUCUGUGAAUAUUCUCUGGACCCACAGACAUUUUGCUGCUGCUGCUACAAAGCCAGCAAGGAAAAUUAAGAAAGAAGGAAAAGACAAGCAAAAGGUGUCAGAUGAAAAUUCAGAUGAUAUAGAAAAAAUAAAGUCAUAUACAUAUAUGGAAAGUGAACCUGAAGAUGAUGUCUAUUUAAAACGCUUGUACCCAAGGCGGAUCUAUGAGGUGGAGAAAGCUAUUGACUUACUUAAGAAGUUUCAGGUUCUGGACUUCACAAAUCCAAAGCAAGGCGUCUACCUUGAUUUAACAUUAGAUAUGACAUUGGGGAAAAAGAAAAAAGUGGAGCCAUUUGCCAGUGUUAUUAGUUUGCCGUACCCUUUUGCUUCAGAAGUCAACAAAGUUGCUGUGUUUACAGGGAAUGCAUCAGAGAUUAAAAUAGCAGAAGAGAAUGGAGCUGUGUUUGCAGGCGGAGCAGAUCUGGUUAAGAAGAUCUUGGAUGAUGAGGUUGUUGUGGACUUUUAUGUAGCUGUUCCAGAAAUAAUGACUGAGCUUAACCCAUUAAGGAAGAAACUGAAGAAAAGAUUUCCAAAGGCUACUAGAAAUUCCAUUGGUCGUGACAUCCCAAAAAUGGUUGAAUUAUUUAAAACUGGACAUGAAAUUAUGGUAGAUGAAGAAAGGCAGAACUUUCUCAGCACCAAAAUAGCAACAUUGGAUAUGCCAAGUGAUCAGUUAACUGCCAAUCUUCAAGCGGUUAUAAAUGAAGUCUGUAGGCACAGACCACUAGAUCUGGGUCCCUUUGUGGUGCGUGCCUUCCUUCGUAGUUCAACCAGUGAAGGUUUGCUGCUGAAGACUGAUUCACUGUUGCCCAAAGAAGUUGAAACCAAAGAAGCUACCUAAAAGUGUUGUAUUGGGAAAUUAUUGGUG